GGGAGGGUGGAGUGGGAGGGCAAGCCUGGGCACUUCUCCCUCGCUCUCAUCUCAUUGUAAAGAACUCGGGCGUCCUGGUCCAUUCAGCCGCUCGCUGGCUCCGCUCACCAGCUGGUGAUAUCCAUCGAGGCUCACGCCGGGCUUACCUGCAUUGCAGCGUCCCCAGCCCGAGCUGUUCCUCCCGUGCCUUGAAUCUGACCCCGGCUCCGCAGACGCGGCUGCGGCAAAAGGUGCCAGCCAUGCCAGGGCUUUGGGAUCGUUUGUCUUCCUCCUCCUCCUCCUCCUCGCGGCCCUCCACUCCGGACCAGCCGCAGCGGCGCUCGGCCUGGGGAACGGCAGCCCGAGGAGAGGGGCUCGGCCGCUGCGCGAGUCUGGAGAGCUCCGACUGCGAGUCGUUGGAUAGCAGCCACAGCGGCUACGGCUACGGCGCCGAGGAAGACACAGAGUCCGUGGACGAAGUGUCGCUGCCCGACUUCGACCUGCUCAGUGACCCCGAGGACGAGCACCUCUGUACCAACCUGAUGCAGCUGCUCCAAGAGACCCUGGCCCAGGCCAAGCUGGGCAGCAAGCGCCCGGCCCGCCUUCUGAUGCCCAGUCAGCUGGUCGCCCAGGUGGGCAAGGAGCUGAUGCGCCUGGCCUACAGCGAGCCCUGCGGCCUCCGGGGUGCCCUGCUCGAUGUCUGCGUGGAGCAGGGCAAGAGCUGCCACAGUGUGGAGCAGCUGGCCGUGUGCCCGAGCCUGGUGCCCACCUUCCAGCUGACCCUGGUGCUGAGAUUGGAUUCUCGCCUGUGGCCCAAGAUUCAGGGACUCUUCAGCGCCGGACCCUCAUCCUUCACUCCCGGCUUCAGCCAGUCCCUUACCCUGAGCACUGGCUUCCGGGUCAUUAAGAAGAAACUCUAUAGUUCAGAGCAGCUCCUCAUUGAAGAAUGUUGAGGGCUCGGGGCUCCUGGCCCCUACACACACUGGACACUUGCCGUUUCUAAGAACCCAGCAAGCUGGCUGAGGUGGGGAGGGCAUGGAGCGUCCUUUGUGGAAGACUGACUUAAAGCCACCACGGGGUGAGGUUAGAGUGGGAGGGGUCACCUCUUUGGGGGGAAGGUCACUCCCAGAGUCCUGAGGUGUGUGCAGGUGGCUAACUGGGGAAAGCAGAGCUGGCUCCUGAGGUAUUAACUUCCCCAGUGGGGGAUGGGGGAGGAUGGGAUCAGCCCAUGCCGUGAGGGGCCAGCCAUAGUUCUUCUCCAGACUGAUAUGUAGCAUGAAUUUCCUUAUUUUAUUGUUAUUAUUGUUAUUAUUACUGACAGUGAAGAUGACAAGUAGUGGGAUGGUGAUGUUGUGCAGGCCAGAACCAGCAGCUGGGCUGUGUCGGUCCUGGCCCCUUUGCAAAAGGGGUGUGUGUGCUUGUGUUUAACAGGGGGGGGGGUUCAUUGUUCUGUCAUUUUUGUCCUGUGUGACUUUAAAACCAGGGUCUGAAGGGGCCAAGUGUGUGUUUUGGGAUCAGCUUCACUACUACUGACCUAUUUCUAGGCAGCUAUCUUACAGACUCCCGAAUGUAAGAACACAGGAAGGGUUUGGGUGUUGGGAUCUCUAUGGAUCUUGACACUUGACAAGGGGGGAAAUGACCGCUGGGAGCUGCGUCCAGCCUUCCCUGCCUCCAACAAGUGAGCUGGGAAGUGCUGGGGCCAAGCAGUGGGGGCAGGGGCUGGACCCCCAUCCCCGAAGUAGUGCCAUCGGUCUUCCAUCUAGAACCGUUUACGUGAAUACACUUGAUGUUCAAGUAUUAAGACCUAUGCAAUAUUUUUUACUUUUCUAAUAAAAACAAGUU